AAUGAAUUGUAAUCAUUAGUAAUAUUUUCAAUAGAAUACAAAUUAGUUGGUAAAAAAGGAGAAGGAACAUUUUCAGAAGUGAUAAAAUCAUAAUCAUUUAAAACAGGAAAUUAUGUUGCAAUUAAAUGCAUGAAAAAUAAAUUUACAUCUAUUGAAUAAGUAAGACAUAAUGAAUAUAUGUAGGUUAAUCAUUUACGAGAGAUACAGGCAUUAAGAAAGCUAAGUCCUCAUGAUCACAUUAUUAAGUUGAUUGAAGUUCUUUAGUAUGAAAAUCAUAUAAAAAUAAUUUAGUGAUGAACCAACAGGACGAUUGGCAUUAGUAUUUGAGUUGAUGGAAUAGAAUUUGUAUGAACAUAUUAAAGGUAUUAUUAUCAAUAUUUUAAAUAGGCAGGAGAUAACCUUUGAAUCCUUAAAAAGUUAAAUCUUAUAUGUACUAACUGCUAAAAUCUAUUGAACAUAUGCACAGAAAUGGCAUCUUUCAUAGAGACAUUAAACCGUAAUCAAUAUUCAAAUUAUUAGUGAAAACAUUCUACUAAACACAGAUCAUCUCAAACUUGCCGAUUUUGGAUCUUGCAAAGGAAUCUAUUCCAAACAUCCUUAUACUGAGUAUUACUAUCAAUUUUAUAUCUUAUUCUAGAUAUAUUUCUACUAGAUGGUAUAGAGCACCAGAAUGCUUAUUAACAGAUGGUUAUUAUGAUCAUAAAAUGGAUCUCUGGGGAGUAGGAUGUGUCAUGUUUGAAAUUGUAGCUUUAUUUCCACUCUUUCCAGGAACCAAUGAAUUAGAUUAAGUCAACAAAAUACAUAACAUUCUAGGAACCCCCAAUUAAAAAGUUUUUGAUAGAUUUAGAAAGUUAUAUUUAAAUAAUAUUUUAGAUAAGCUACUCAUAUGGAAAUUAAUUUUCCACCAAAACAUGGGAGUGGUAUUGAUAGAUUACUUCAAGGUUAAAGCAAAGAAUGCAUUGAUUUAAUUAAAUUAUUGCUUACUUAUGAUCCUGAAGAAAGAAUCAAUGCUUAAUAAGCCUUAAAACAUGAAUAUUUUAGAGAAUUAUAUGAAGCUGAUACUUAAAAAAGCUUUUAACAUACUUUAUAAUAAAUUAGAAUAUCUAAUCAUAGAGAAUAGUAUGAAUAAAAUUUAAAUAAUUUAGAAAUGACAAUUCUUUAGAAAAAAGCCAAAGAAUAGAAGAAAGUAAAUAAUAACAUUAGUUGAAUUUCAAGAAAACUCAAAAUUACUAUGCAAAAUCUUAAAAGAAAUCAGGAGUAUAUAUAAUGUUGUUAUUGUUAAAAGUUACCAUCUUUGUAAUUUGAUUUGAGAGUAGAAAGCAUUUAUAAAAAUACUUAACAUCAUGAUAGUGAUGAUGAUCUUGAGAAAUAAUCAUCAAAUAAAUAAAUGAUGCUACCUUAGAUUCCAAAAUCUAAAAAAUAUGAUCCUAAAAAAAUAUAUGGCAAAUAAUAAUAUGUGUCAUCAUCAAAUUAACCAUAUUAGUUUAAUUCAAAAGGUAAGAAAAUAUUGAUAUUCAAAUAGGUAAAAAAGUUGCACAUGGUUUGUAAGGUGAAUAUAUAGUUUUUGGAAAGAAAGCAAUGAAUUAAUGAU